AUGAAGUCCUUCACUGCCAUCUCCUGCACUGUCCUGGCCGCUCUCCAGGUGGCCGCUGCUGCUCCCAGCACUCUGGUAUCAAGCGUCCGACCUACGAGCACCACCGAGUCUUCAGACUCAGCUAAGGGAGCUGCCGCCGGCACCUCAGUCUCCAUCUCCUACGAUCCAGUAUACUCCGCCUCUCUGUCCAUGGACCAAGUUAAAUGUUCCAACGGAAUCAAUGGAGUGAAGUAUGCCACGGUUGGCGACCUGCCGAACUUCCCCUACGUUGGAGGGGCCCCCACCAUCUCUGGCACCGACACCAACUGCGGCAAGUGCUACGAAGUGGACUAUAACGGAAAAUCCGUCUAUAUCCUCGCCAUUGACUAUUCUACUGGCUUCAACCUCAACCCCGAUGCUUUCACCGCCUUGACAGGUGACUUGAAUCUUGGUCGAGUUGAGGGUACCUACACCGAGGUUGACGGCAGCUUCUGCAAACAGCCUUAG